AUGCAAACGCCAUCCAAUGCACAGGAAAGAGCUUUCAUGAAGCAGUUGGAAGCAAAUGGGAGCAUCGUGUUUCAAUAUGAAAACCAAGAACUACUGGAUAAAGCAAUGGAAGUGAUUCCUUUGCAGCGUCUUUACGAAGAAGCUGAAUCCAAAAUAGAGGAGCAAGGAGGGGAAGGUUCCUUGGAAGAUUUAGUCAUUCAGCGAUUAUUACAUUGGUUCAAAAACGCAUUUUUUGUAUGGGUAAAUAAUGCACCUUGUGAGUAUUGUCAGAAUACUCAAACUCGUGGCGUAAAUCAUUUACAUCCAACAACAGAAGAACUGCUGUUUGGCGCUAAUGUAGUAGAAGGUUAUCACUGCUCAUCAUGCAAUAGAAUAACUCGCUUUCCUCGUUACAACGAUCCCGGUAAACUGGUCGAAACAAGACGAGGGCGAUGUGGUGAGUGGGCCAACUGUUUUACAUUGUGUUGCCGAGCAGUUGGAUCUGAAGCUCGCAUUGUGUAUGACACCACAGAUCAUGUUUGGACUGAAGUGUACUCAGAGUAUGAGCAGCGUUGGAUUCAUUGCGAUGCAUGUGAAGAAGCAUGGGACCGACCAUUGCUAUAUAACGUAGGUUGGAAUAAGAAGCUGAACUAUUGCACUGCUUUUUCUGUCGAUGAGGCACUGGAUGUGACCAAGAGAUAUACACGAAACUGGCAAGAGGUACUGACUAGACGCACCAAGAUACGGGAGCCCAGAUUAGCAGUAUUUUUAGAGGGGAUGACAGCCAAACGUCAAGAAAAUCUAACUCAAAAGAGAAAAGAUGUGUUAAAUCAAAGGCGAGUCAAGGAGCUAAUAGAGUUGGAAGAAGACAGCAAAAAGGUGGCGGUCAAGGAUGACGAGAUGGUCGGUAGACAAAGCGGAUCUUUGGCAUGGCGUACAAGUCGAGGCGAGACAGGAGAAACAGCUACCACAGAGAACCUCAUGAGCAAGUUGGAGUUGAAUGAUUGCAAGAAGCUAAAGAUAGACGCUCAAUAUACGCUCUUGGGAAGUGCCUCCAUGCAGUGCGACGGCCGAUCUUUUGUUCCCAAUGUUCCUUAUAUCCGUAUCACAAGUGCGACACCCGAUCAACGAGGCGGUGUUUAUUGUAAACAAUCGAUUCAACUAGACAGCAAUCUCAAAGGCAUUGAAGUCGAAUUCGCAUUUCGCAUCACAAAUAGCAGCGGUCAAGAAGCAGUGAAUGGAGCAGAUGGGUUUGCAUUUCUGAUUCAGGCACAGGGCGAGCAUGCCCUAGGCGGAGGUGGAUGUGAGUUGGGAUAUGGUGGUAUCAGAAACAGUCUGGCUGUUGAAUUUGAUACGUAUCAAAGUUCAGAUAGAUGCGCUGAUCCAUCAGCUAAUCACAUCAGUGUUCACGGCAGGAAGCCGCCUUAUACCAACUCGGCACAUCAAGACUAUUCAUUAGGACAUACUUCACAUAUUCCUCCCUUGCAAUGUGGCAAAUGGAUCAAGUCAAAGAUACGAUUGUUGUCCAAUGGUAUUAUUGAAGUAGGUCUAGCCGAAGUUGGAGACAAGGAAUAUAUCCAAGUAUUGAAAAUUACCAAUCAAGACUUUAUGGAUUAUCUGAUGCCAAAGGAAAGAGCAUGGAUAGGCUUCACGGCAAGCACUGGAGGGCUAGCAGAGAACCACGAUGUUCAGAUGAUAUCUUUCUUCACAUUUACUGAAUAA